AAGCGCUUAAGCGUUGUCCAUCACUUCCACAUUGUCCUGUGGCCAUGUUUUCGGUGAAACAUGCCAAAGCUCGUCCACAGAACACUACAGGGCUUUGCUUGGACCUUUCGAGAUCGUUGAAAUACAGAUGGGAAACCCGCUGAUAUCAUUUUCUUCAUAUCUCCAGAACCUUCAAGGCCCUCCAAGACUUAUUCAAACCAACGUCAAUUACCACAGUCGACAUGUUAUUCCGUGCACCAAGUACCUCGCUGGAAAGUCUAUUACAAGCUAGCGUUAUUCAGGACGUCACAGAUCCUGUUAAGCGGGACCCACAGGAAUCCACCGGCGAGAGCUCUCGGAAGGCUCAGACCAGCAAAGCUCAAAUCCGCGCUCGCAAUCCUGAUAAACGGAGAGUACGAUCUGGAUCGAAUGCUGGCAAGAAACAUCACAUUGCAAUGGCUGUGAAGAAGGAGAAUGCUUCGAGAAAAGUCAGACAACGCGAACGUGGAUGGUGUUACGUCUACGUGGGCAAUGUUUCGCCUGCCACUGACGAAGAAAUGUUGAUCAAGUUAUUCAGCACAUGUGGACAUAUUAUAAAGCUAGAAAUUCAGUGUAGCAGCGGCCUCGCGAUGACUACUGGGAAGCCAACGCCUGCGUAUUAUCGCGGCCACCCAGUUCGUCAGUAUGCUACCGUUGUGUUCGGCAAACCUCAGCAUGCCCAGAAGGCCCUCAAGUUGCAUGGCUCUCGUGUUGGUGGUACUGAGCUUGUUGUGGUGAGGAGUGCAUCUGACCUUCCAGAGGUCAAAGAAAAGGUCGAAAGACGUCUGCGCGACUAUCGCGAACGCCUUGGACUAGGCCAUCGACAAGGCGAGGUUCGCAAGUCUGCGAAGCCUCUUUGUCUUCAACCGACUGAAAUACUACCCGUGGACGAACCCAAAAUUGUUGCGGCUAGUCCGCGCAAGCUCGGCGAUAGACAUAAGAUCUGGGACUUUUCGUUCCCUAUGACUGUGGUAUAGGCCAUGACAGUUUCACUCCUCUACCUUACAGCCAGCCUUAGUUUUCGGCCUUGUCAAUGUAGAGUAGCAGACCACGAUGUAAAUGUAUUGUUUCUGGAUGUAUGUUGUUUUAUUUUAUGAAAUGAUAUGUCUUGGCUCGAUUUGUUCCU